ACUUGUUUAAACAGGCGCGAUCUGUCAGUGAGCCCCUGUGCCUCUCGGUGGAGCACAUCAAGUCGAGAUGCUGCCAAGGCUUUGGAUUGCCACCAUUGCUCUCCUGUUUUUUGCAUCAUGCACCCUGUGUGUAAACCCAGGAUUGAAAGCAAGAGUUACACAGAAAGCGUUGAACUAUGGUCAGAGGGUUGGGAUGUCUGUGUUACAAAAAAAGAUGCGACAGAUUCAGAUUCCAACUAUGUCGGGUAAAGUGCGUGUGAAGUGGAUUGGCCGCAUCCGUUACCGUGUCUAUGGCUUUCAGAUUUCUAAGUUUGGCUUGCCUCAAUCCACUGUGAGAUUCUCUGCUGGGAAGGGCAUUCAGCUCUCCAUCGUUAAUGGCUACAUUGGUGUGAGCGGCAACUUUAGAGUAAGGAAGCGUUUCUUCAGGAUGAGUGGAUCGUUUAACGUGUCUGUGAGCAGGCUGUCAAUAUCGGAGACUAUAGGACUGACCCGGGACAAUACAGGCCGUCCUGCAGUGCGCAGCAUUGCUUGCUCAUCCAACGUUGGUAAAGUGCGCGUCAGGUUCACCAAAAGAAGAAGAUGGUUGUACAAUCUGUUCCGCAAGCGCUUAGAGAGACCAUUACGGUCUUUUCUUAACAGACAGAUUUGUCCAAAAGUCUCUAGUGCCAUCAAUGGACUGGAAGAAAAUCUAAAGAACAUGAAAAUAUCUUUCCGCGUAAACAACUUUGCUGAGGUUGACUAUUCCCUGGUUAAUAGAAUUAAAAUCUCAAGAAGAGCCAUGGACCUGGACUUUAAGGGUGAAUUCUACAGAGUGCGAAAUCGUAAGGAGCCUCCCUUCAAGCCACCGCCGAUCAGCCUCCCCAGACACAGCAGUCGCAUGUUGUACUUGGGAAUAUCCGAUUUCCUUGCCAAUUCAGCGGGAUUCGUGUUUCACGAAGCUGGAGCCUUGCGGAUGAAGAUCACCGAUAGAAUGAUCCCGAAAAAUUCACCCUUCAGAUUAAACACAAAGUCCUUCGGUAUGAUCAUGCCUCAGCUGGAGAAGCUCUACCCUAACAUGAACAUGAUAAUAAACCUCCACUCCACUCGACCGCCAGUUCUGAGGGCUGCAAACGGCAAUAUCACCAUUCAGGCAUUUGGUGCCCUUGACAUGCUCGCAAUCCUCCCAAAUUCAUCCCUGGCAUCACUUUUUGUUCUGAACAUUCAUGCGAGUGUCUCUGCUAGGACCAAUAUCGUGAGGAUGAAACUGACUGGGUCCGUAACGCUGAAUCGUCUGAAAUUGACUCUUGGACAUUCUCGUGUUGGCCCUGUUCCGGUGGCUGGUCUGGAACUGUUAAUUAAGAUUGCGUUAAAGGCAGUGGUGUUACCAAAAGUCAAUGAGAAACUAGCCAGGGGAGUUCCACUUCCAAAUGUGAAAAACUUGGACUUUGUAAACCCUACGCUAAUGGUGAACAGGAAUAUUCUGGUGAUUGCAACUGAUGUCCUUUACCGCCCAUAACCGGCAGCCAUUCCCAGCCAAGGCUUUGUGACGGAAAAGAAAACCAGGUACUCUGACUGCUUUGAUUACGUGGCCACUUAUGAAGCUGAGACUUUCUACAAGGCCAUUCAAUUUUCUGUCAAAUAUUGUUCAUUUCUAGCUUGAUGGCUUUCAAUCAAGUGCUUUGCAAACAAAAAGCUAUCGAUAAGCUGCAUCUCCAAAAUUUUUCUUGUUUUUUUCUGUAUACGAAGUUUUGUUUCGGACUUUCAUGAAGCAGAGGGAAAUCACUGCUGAAACCUUCCUGCGUGCACUGUUGGAAGAAUAUAAAACCAAAAUAUCCAACCUAAGGGGAACCAAACCUUUUCUCCAACAAGUAACAGCAACACUCAAGCUUUUGAUCUCAACCUCUUUUUUUUUGAUAAGGGGAUUAAAAGAAACUUUUGGUGAUUUGAAACAAUUUUCAUUUAUGCUCAACUAUUUGCAACAACUGCCCAAAGAAGUGUCAAUUCUUCAGGGUAUCUGUGUAUGGAUAUUUGUUGUACCUAACUGUUUAUUAAACAAAGACUGCAAACUUUC